UUUGGACGAGACUUUUAUUCCCCCUAAAACGUUUUCAGCGCCUAACAGAGACUUUAUUGCGCAUCAGCAGCUUACACUAAGUACAGCGACUUGCCCUUUAUUGCUUCUCUCUCCAGUAUAAGGAUCUAACUGUAAACAUGAAGCUUCAUAUCAUCCUUUCAGCAGUGGCAGUGUUCUUCAUUGGAACCCUGGCGCAGAACCCAGAAAGCGGAGAAAGGUUACCAUUUCAGACCAAAGCCAAGGAUGCUUGUGUGAUGAGCCCCACCGGCCAAGGUGAAAUCCGAUUAAAAAUCGAAUGCAAAAAUCAAGGCAAGUCAUACACGUGUGAAUUUGCAGGAAAACCAUCCUACUGCCGCGCUUACAACAGAGACAAAAAGGGAUUCUGGAAAAAGCUCAGUGAGGAUCUAUCAAAAGUAACCAAUCCAUGUGAUGCACAGGUCAUCAAGCACAGCCUGUGCCCCAAAGCCCCUUCUCAAUCUCAGCUUCGACAAGUUCAUGGGAGCCCACAAUCUGAUACGUCUAAAGCCGAAUCCAACGCACAGGCACCGCAGAAGACAACAACCAAGAAGCCUCCAGUGACCAAGAAACCUGCUGCACCCAAGAAACUGGUAGAAGAACCAGAGAACCCCAAAGCAAUGAAGAUCGCAAAGGAACGCUGCUGGUGGUACUUCCAAAAAUUCUGCUCCUACAUGAUAGAGAUAUUUAUUAGCUAAAGGAGGGGCUCAGGUCACCAUUGGAAAUUCUCUUUUUGUGCUCAUUUUGUAAUCCAGUGAGACUGUCCAUGUACAUACCAGUCAUUAACAAACACCUCUAUUGCCCAUUCCUACAGAAAAGGCUGAGCUGAAGUUGAUAUAUUUGGGCGUGGGACCCCCACAUUCUCCAGUGCGCUGCUGUACAUAGCCAACCUGAAACUGCCGGGAUAUUCAUGUGCUUUUGUUAAAUAUAUAUAUUAUAAAGUGUGUAUUUAUAGCAGAGAAUCUCCUCAUCAUCAUUACUAUGUUUUUAUAAUAAAUGCCAUAAAACAGUACAAUUCUAUUUGACAUUUUCUUAUAUUGCCUUAAUAAACAUUUUUGUUUUUGCUGGAAAGAAAAAAA